GCGCCGCCUGCGCUUCCCCGGAGGCGCUCUGCGCGAGCUGGGCCUCCACCUUCCUCAACGCUUCAACUGCUGUUACACCGCCAGCCAGGCUCCAAGACAGCGGAGCCAUGUUCCUUCUUCUGGUCCUUCUCACCCGACUUGGAGAGCUGCACGCAGACCCCCAUCCCGAUAAAACAUUUCUGGAAACCACAAUUCCUGAAAAGAUUUCAUCAUCUGAUGCAAAAACAGAUCCAGAAAAUAAUAUUGCUUAUAUCAUUACAAUAAAAGGAAAACCAUAUUUUGUCCAUCUCAGAAAGCAAUCAUUUUUAUCUUCGGUUUCUGUUGUUUACUUUUAUGACAAAGAUGACACCCAAUAUUCUAAGCCUUUGUCAGCUCAGAUGGAUUGCAAUUAUCAAGGAUAUGUUGCAGGUUUUCCAAAUUCUCUUGUGUCACUCAACACUUGUUCAGGACUCAGCUUAAAAACAUCUCAUAUAGAAUUGAACCAAUGGAGGCCGUAUCAGGAUUCGUGCACAUGAUUUAUGAAGAAAAAAAUGAUAACACUAAUAUUCCUCUUUUAGGAGAAAAUAAGACUUAUAGCUAUAAUAACUUAUAUUAUCACAUCAGAAGGAGUUCAGAAAGAACUGAAUUUUUCAAGUUAUACCCUCAAUAUCUUGAAAUAUAUAUUGUUGUGGAUAAAAAUCUG